AUGCGACCACCACGAUGCCUCGUCCCCGCCGCGGAGCUCCAGUCCCUGCUCCUCAAGGCUCCGAGGACCGGCCCAUCGCGACGAUGGAUGUCUGCCGCCGCCGCUUUUCCUGCGCCUAGGAUGGUCGCUUCCACUUCGUCCAAGUGUGCACCGUUUUUCCUAUCCAACAGGCUCUUUGACCGAUCCAAUUGCCUCGAUUUCGUCAUCCUCCGCCGUGCCAAUGGCAUCUACUCUACCUCUGCCUCGGCAUCCGUAACACCCGAUUCGACAGUAUCGUCAACUACCUCAAAUGCCUCCAAUUCCUCUCAAUCCGAACCUGAGCUUGCUCCUCACCGGCGACGACAAGCUCAACGCCGCGAAAAAGCUGCUACUGCCGCCGCCGCUCGAGGAGAAACCCCUCUUCCUCCAGAUGCCUCAUCUCUUCUUACAAGCCAUGCCGCUUCACACCCCACCGACUCGCUCCGACGGCACAUUUCCACCUUUCUCUCCCUCUCGAAACCCCGAUUGACGAUGCUCGUUGUUCUUACCGCAAUGGCUACAUAUGCACUCUAUCCCGUCCCCGAGAUGCUCUCCCCGAGCACUACCGAGACUCCGAGUCUGAGCCCGCUCACAUUAUUAUUCCUCACGACCGGCACGGCUCUUUGCUCCGCUAGCGCGAAUACCUUCAACAUGCUGUACGAGCCCAAGACCGAUGCCAAGAUGACCCGAACCCGCAACCGCCCACUCGUCCGGGGCCUCAUCUCGAAGCGAAGCGCUAUUAUUUUCGGAGUCCUGUCUGGUAUCAUUGGAACGGGUGCCCUUUAUGUUGGUGUCAACCCCACUGUGUCCGGACUCGGUUUCGCCAAUAUCGUCAUUUAUGCCGGCAUGUAUACACCUCUCAAGGCUGUGACAGCCUUCAACACCUGGGUCGGCGCCGUUGUUGGAGGUAUUCCUCCUCUGAUGGGUUGGGCUGCUGCUGCUGGCGAGACUGCUACCAAGGACGGAUCCUGGAGGGAGCUCCUGUUUGCUAAUGACGGCUCGUCCAUUGGCGGUUGGGUCAUGGCAGGGUUGCUCUUUGCAUGGCAGUUCCCCCACUUUAUGGCCUUGAGCUGGCCCAUCCGUGAGGAGUACAAAAAUGCUGGACUUCGCAUGUUGGCAUGGACAAACCCAGCCCGCAACGGGCGUGUCGCUCUGCGAUACAGUAUCGUCUUCAUUCCCCUCUGUAUAUCGCUCUGCGCCGCAGGAGUCACAGAGUGGUCUUUUGCCGUUACCAGUCUUCCCAUCAAUGCCUGGCUCGUGCGAGAGGCCGUGCGCUUCUGGAAGUACGAGGGCCACAAGGGCAGCGCCCGAGGCCUCUUCUGGGCCAGUGUGUGGCAUCUUCCCGGUGUCAUGAUCCUUGCUCUGCUACACAAGAAGGGUAUGUGGAGCAGGGUAUGGAGGAGCAUUUUCGGUGAGGAGGAUGGUGAGUGGGAAGAGGAAGAGUUGGAUGAGAUGGUGAGCAUGGCCGUGGAGAACACAGGCAGUAGGUUACAAGCUGAGAAGCCUACUCGGUGA